ACUGUCCCCUCACCUCACAAUGCCCCCACCAUCCCCAGUAAUGGUGGUCUAUAACUGUGCUUUCAUCUCAGACCUGCAGAGAACAGAACAGUUGCUGGUCACUGAUCAACAGGGACUAAACCUUUUAAACUCUACUUUACAAAGCAAAGAGCACAACACAGCUUUGAUUUGUGGUGAUGAUCAUGGAAUCAGCAGCUGAUCUUGGUCCAGACUGUGGCUCUUUGUGCAACAAGUCCACCGUUCUCGGGGGCCAGGGGCCACCGGUGUUAGUCGAUGCCUGGCUGGUCCCCACUUUCUUCGGCCUCAUCAUGCUGGUCGGCCUGGUCGGGAACUCUCUGGUCAUCCAUGUGGUCACCAAACACCAGCAGAUGAAGACCGUCACCAACUUUUACAUCGUGAAUUUGGCAACGACUGAUAUUUUGUUCCUGGUCUGCUGUGUGCCCUUCACUGCCACCCUGUACCCGCUGCCCAGCUGGAUCUUUGGGGAGUUUAUGUGCCGACUGGUGAACUACCUUCAGCAAGUGACAGCUCAGGCAACGUGUAUCACUCUUUCAGCCAUGAGUGUGGAUCGCUGCUACGUGACCCUCUAUCCCCUGCAGUCACUACGACACAGAACCCCACGCAUGGCUUUGGCCAUCUCUGUGUCUAUCUGGAUAGGAGCCUUGCUGCUGUCCAUCCCUGUUGCUGUGUACCAGCGUCUGGAGGACGGAUACUGGUUCGGUCCUCAGACUUAUUGCAGUGAGGUCUUCCCCUCCGCUCAUCUCCAGAGAGCCUUCAUCAUCUACAGCUUCCUCGCUGUGUACCUGCUGCCCCUGCUCACCAUCACCGCCUGCUAUGCCUUCAUGUUGAAGCGCAUGGGGCAGCCAAGCGUCAAUCCCAUCGACAGCAGCUACCAACUGCAGGCUCAGGCAGAGCGAGCAGCAGCAGUGAGGGCAAGGGUCUCCAGGAUGGUGGUGGUGAUGGUGGCCCUGUUCCUCAUCUGCUGGGGGCCAAUCCAGAUCUGCAUCCUCCUGCAAGCUUUUGGCCUCCGCAGCUACGUUUUAUACAAGUUGAAGAUUUGGGGUCACUGCAUGUCUUACUCCAACUCCUCCGUCAACCCUGUGGUUUAUGCCUUCAUGGGAAACAACUUCAGAAAGGCCUUCAAGCAAGCCUUUCCCGCUGUGUUUCUGUGGCGCUCAAGAGGACGCGUGAGGGUGGGAAACAUGGACACAGAGGACGGAGGAGAGAUCGAUCACCAGGCACCCAAAGGAGAAGCAGAGAUGCACUUUCUUUCAUCUGAGUCCUAAAGGUCAUGCUCUGCAUUUGGACACUGUGCACGUUGUUCAUUUAUUUAUAGUCUGUUUGUUCUGGAGAUGAGAGAGUCACACCCAGUGUAUGUGCAUGGAACAUAUACACACACACACACACACACACACACACACACACACACACACACACACACACACACACACACACACACACUGAUGAUCAUGUGAUCUCUUAAAAAGGACAAACCAGCCAGGUGCCUCUUGUGACAUCCACAAGCUUCUCAAACACAAUUAUCUUUGUCACAUUUUUUCUGUUAACCGCAUUGGUUCACUGAAUGUAAAAAUGUUUGAGCUCCUGGUUUUCUUGUUAAAGCAAAUAAGCAACUGCAUCCUUUAUUGUUUAAUGUAAAAAAAAACAGAAAACCUCUUUGACCAGCUAAAAAACAAAAAAAAUGUCACUAAAUGUUUUUGGUCCAGUGGUGUCCACUUUGUGUCUUUUCGUAGCACUCAACGACUCACUUUUCACUUAUUUGUCAACUGAUCUGUAAUGGUUAAUAGCUAAAAGAUCCACAGAAAAUUAUUUGGCAGGAAUGGCACUUUUUAAUGGACUUUUAUGCUUUAGGCCAAUCAAUUGUGAUGAUAAAUGUGCAAAAUAAAUAGUUUUAAGGUGUCACUUUGGGUUAUGCAGCUUUAAAUAAAAUAC